UGGAACAAUUAAUGCAAAAACAUUAAAACGCAACUGUGCUACAAGAUGGAUCGAACGUUUUCAUUCAGUUCACGAUUUUAUCGAACUUUUGGAAUGUGUCGUUGAUUCCUUAGACACUAUUAGUAGUUGGGCCGAUGGUGAUACCUCAAGUCAAGCAAAUAAUUUAAAAAAUUCAAUCUUACAAGGAGAGUUUAUCAUAUCACUUUUGGUUUUAUCGAAAAUAUUUGCAGUUGGAUUGCCACUAUCUAAACAAUUCCAAAGCGUUGCCAUUGAUUUAAGAGAAGCUAUGAUAUUAGCUAAUGCGACACUGUCUGAAUUAAAAACAAUUCGAAGUAACAUUGAUGAAUAUUUUCAUGAAAUCUAUACAAAAGCAUCUGUUCUAGCUCAGGAGUUGUGUUUUUCAAUAUCAUUACCUCGAAUUGCACGUAAACAAAAAAACAGAGAUAACUAUUCAGUGAACACGCCUGAAGAAUAUUUUAAAAUAACAAUAUUCAUACCUUAUUUAGAAUUGUUUAUUAACGAAAUUGAAUCGAGAUUUAUUGAACAUCAGAAAACAUUAAAAGGAUUUCAAAACUUAUUUCCAAAAACGUCAGAAAUGACAACACUUGAAAAAGAUGAAUUUAUUAGUUUGAUAGAUUUUUAUAAUGAUGAUUUGGCAGAUAACAAUAAAGAUAUUUUGGUAUCUGAGUUAAAACUUUGGCGACGUAAAAUACUUGCACUAGAUAAACAACCUACAAAUGCUAUGGAUGCUUUAGUUAUCUGCAAUAACAUGUAUCCAAAUAUAUACAAAUUACUACAAAUUUUAGCAACACUACCUGUUUCAACAGCUUCAUCCGAAAGAUCUUUUUCAUCAUUAAAGAGAAUUAAGACGUACCUAAGGAAUACAAUGUCAGAGAAAAGAUUAAAUGGUUUGGCAAUGCUCUCCAUUCAUCGUUCAAUAUCAGUAGAUGCAAAGGAAGUGUUGGACGAAUUAUCUAUUAACAAACGUCGAGUGGAUUUUAUUUUAUGAAUUAUUAUAAUAAACUAAUAUAAAACUAUAAAAACUAUUUAUAAUUAAUACAAAUUUGAAACAAAAUAAAAAUAACGUACGUAAAAAACUAAUAA